AUGGGUCGCGAAAACCACUCCUUCAAGCUGGCCGUGCGCCCCGAGGCCGACGUCGUCCCCGGAAAGACUUUCAAGCUCGAGACCUCACCCGCGCCCACGGCCGAAGAGCUGAAGGAUGGCGAGGUUCUCGUCGAGGCCCUCUACCUGUCGCUCGACCCCGCCAUGAGGGGUUGGCUCAACGAUACCCGAUCGUACAUGCCACCGGUCGCCAUCGGCGAGACGAUGCGAGGAGCCGCCAUCAGCAAGGUCCUGGCGAGCAAGAGCUCCAAGGUGAAGGAGGGCGAUCUUGUCAACGCCUUCUGCGGCUGGACCGAGGUGGCCAUUGUCAACGAGGAGCAAUUCGAGGUCGUCGAGCUGCCGAAGGGUUCCAAGGUCACAGAUGCGCUGGGCGUAUUGGGAUUGACCGGCCUGACCGCCUGGACCGGUCUCGAGCACAUCGGCAAGCCCAAGGCGGGCGACACCGUCGUCGUCUCGGGCGCCGCCGGCGCCACGGGGUCCGUGGUCGGCCAGAUCUGCAAGAUCAAGGGCUGUAAGGUGAUCGGCAUCGCGGGCUCGGACGACAAGUGCGCGUGGCUGAAGGAGGAGCUGGGCUUCGACGCGGCGCUGAACUACAAGUCUACCUCCUUCCGGGAGGACUUCAAGAAGGCGACACCCGACUUCAUCGACCUCUACUGGGACAACGUUGGCGGCGAGAUCCUCGAGAUGGCCCUCGACCGCGCCAAGUUCCGCGCCCGCUUCGUCAUGUGCGGCUCCAUCUCCGGCUACAACGCCCCCGGCAAGGAGAGCAAGGGCAUCCGCAACCUGUUCCAGGUCACGGCGCAGCGCAUCCACAUGGAGGGCUUCAUCGUCUUCGACUUCGCCCAGGACUACGCGAGGGGCCGGAAGGAGCUGUCGGGGUGGCUCGAGGAGGGCAAGCUCAAGCGCAAGGAGACGAUCGCUCGGGGUGGCUUGAAGGCAGCCGACCAGGCGUUUCUGGAUCUGUUCCAGGGCAAGAACACGGGCAAGCUGUUGGUGGAAAUCAAGCCGUACGAGAAGGCGUAG